GGGUUUGCCUAUAUAAGCAGACACGGACCCCAGUAAGAUGGUACCAAGCCAUUCGCUUUGACAGCUCGACAAAACCCUUCUUCGAUCGCUUUCGUGCAGCUGCGAAGAUGAAGAACUCCAUCAUCUUCAUCCUGGCUUUGGCUUGCGAAUGGAGUGUUGCUCUUCCAGGAGGAGCUGUUGGCACUGGCAUCACCUCUCCGUUUAACGAGAUGAUCCAAAUGAGUACCAUUACCUUCAGCCUGGCCAACUUCACCAACUACGGAUGCCACUGUGGACCAGGGACCCAAGGUUUCCCUGUGGAUGCCAUUGACAGGUGUUGCCACAGCCACGAUUGCUGCUACAACAAAGCAGAGAUGUUCGGUUGCAACCCACAGGUCCACACAUACAGAUUCUACGCCCAGAGGGAUAAAAUUAAGUGUGUCAAGUCAAGGGACCGCUGUGAGAAGAUGGUGUGUGAGUGUGACCAAAAAGCGGCCAACUGUUUCCGGAAGAAUCUCUUCACCUACAACUCACAGUUCAAGAAUCACCCAGUGGCCAACUGCAAGGCACAGCGGCCAUUUUGCUAAGGGUCACAGGAUGGGUGUCACUUCUCUCUAUAGCAUAAGUCCGGCUCUGUCUGGC